GCGCAUGCGCAAUGCGUAGUUUGACAUAGUAGCAUGUGGAUGUUUUUAGCUCUGCACACGUGUGUCUAUCGGUAACGACUAGCUGUUUCGGCCGGUAACUGUGCGCUUUUCCACGCAAAAUAUGGCUACAAGACGAAGAAAAAGACUAAGUAAAACCGUCGCCGAUGUUGCAAAAGAUGAUGAUGCUGCAAGCACUGAAGGACAACUUGAAACUGUCUCUUCAGAUGAACAAAUAGUCCUAACAGAGAUGGAUGCUCCCACUGAGAGCACUGAGACCAAAAUGCAGGAGGACCAAGAUGAAGAAGAUUCUCAGAUGGACACUGUCAUUGAAGUAAAAGGUAGCGUGUCUACUGUGAAUGUAACCUGGGAUGAGAAGAAUGAGGAAGGACAGCCUGAUGAUAAAGACGAGAACACCAGUGGGACUGAACAGGUAGAAUCUGUUAGUUCAACUGAAGAAGUUCCUGGAGAGAGUACUGAGACUGAAACCAAGCAAGAAAUGCAGGAACCUGAAGAGUCUCAGAUGGAUGCAGCCACUGAAGAAAAGAAGAUGGCACCACCGGUAAUUAUAGCUGAGGAGAAGAAAGAAGAGGACGGAGUGAGAGAGGAUAUCGAUAAGGAAACUGAUGAAGUUGAAGAGGUUAUAGCCAAAGUGAAAACAGUAAAGGGUAAACGUAAGGCACACCCUGAUGAUGAGACUUCUCCAUCAAAGAAAACAAAGCUCAACAGUGAUGGUUUUUGUAUUUUUAUUGGCAACCUGAACAACUCCAAAAAGUUUGACAAAGUCAAAAAUUCUUUGGCAAAUUUCUUCAUGACACAGAGUAUCCUGGUUCAAGACAUCAGAUUACACCACUCCAGAACAUAUGCACAUAUAGAUGUGGCUUCACAGAUGGAUCUGACUAAAGCCUUGACAUUGGAUGGGGAAAUGGUGCUCAAUAAGCCGAUGACAGUCACUGAAGCGAAAGUCAAAAGUGAAGACAAGGUGAAAGUGAAAGCGUCUGAGGAGGACAAAAAAGCCGCCAAAGAUGCCAGAUCUUUGUUUCUGAAGAACGUCCCAUAUAAUGCAACAAAAGAGGACAUCCUUAAACUCUUCCACAAAGCCGUCAAAGUCAGGUUUCCUGGAGGAGCAGAAAGCCCAAAGACAGGCAUUGCCUUUGUGGAAUUUGAAAAUAAAAGCAUUGCUGAGAAAGUUCGUCAGAAGAAACGACUUGUUCAGAUCCAAGGUCGGGUUCUUAUUGUUGAUGCUGUUAGAGCAACAAAUAGGCCAAAAGCUACAAAAGACAACAACAGCAAAUCAGAAGUUCCUCCAAGCAACACACUAUUUGUGUACAGUCUGUCAUCUAAUGUAAAGGAGAAACACUUGAUGAAAGUCUUCAAGAAGGCUGUUAGUAUCAGUGUACCGCAAAGCCAAGGCAAAUCAAAAGGAUUUGCAUUUGUUGAAUUUGCGACUGUAGCAGACGCUGAAAAAGCUUGGAAGUCUUCCAAAAACACAAAGAUCUGCAAAAGGCCGGUUAAAGUAAAAUUCAGUGAAAUGAGAGGGAGGCAAGAGAAGGAUGAAGUUGAAUCAAAAACUCUGAUGGUGAUUGGCCUGGCUGAGAAGACGACUGCAGAGACUCUAAAAAGUGCUUUCGAUGGUGCUCUCAGCGCACGAGUUAUUCAACAUAAAGAGACCAGCGUUUCGAAAAGGUUUGGUUUUGUGGAAUUUGAGAGUGAAGCAUGCUCCAAAGCUGUCAAAGAGGCCAUGGAGGACUGUGAGAUAGACGGCAGCCAAGUGACUCUGGCUUAUGCCAAACCAAAAGGCGACAAAGCUGCCUUGGGUGGCAGACAAAGUCUAUUGGGACAUCCUGGUUGUCAGCCUGCAGGUCAGGGAGCUGCCAGAGGAGCAAAGGCCCGAAAAGGAGGAAAAGGACGAGGACCUCCCACCCCACAAGAUGUAAAAGAAAUAAAAAAUAAAGUUUAACUUUUGAAAAAAGAGCUAAGAGAAUAUCUUGAAAUGUAUUAGAUCUUCUAAUGUGUAUCAAUGUUCAGACUGUUAAAUGACUUUUACACUGCAAGGUUGUCAAAAAUGUCAAUACUUUCAUGCUUUUAAAUACCAUGUAUAAAAAUGAUUAGUCUCUGUGAGUUUUGUUAUUUUGAAGAGUGUUAAAACUUCAGUAAGCUGAGUGAAUGAGAGCACUGUCUAGUUUGUACGAAUAAGUUGGUAACAUUUUGGUACCAUAAGAUUGUAUAUGUGUAAUUUAGACAUUGUGCAGGUGUUUGUCUGUCAUGUGAGAAAUUUUCAGUAUUGAUUUUAAGAUGGAGAUGGUUAUCACUGUGAAAAGUUGUGUUAUCUGAUUUAUUUUAGCAGCACUCUGUGAAUACCUCAUUAGGGGGGGCCUAAUCGCUGACAAACAAUGCAGCCACAUGAUACCACUACCCAGAAUGCAAUGCACUAAAAUGACAGUCUACAUGAAAAACUAGAAGUCACAUUUUCUCCAAAAUGCAGAAAUCUAGACUGUUGCUCCAAUAAAGCCAAU